AUGGAAUCCUGUCUCAAGGAGCAGGAGUUUGUCAUCAAUUACUCUAAUAACCAUAUAAAUAUGGAGAUUAUUGAUGAUGAAGGAGAAGAUCUGUGGAUGUUAACAGGGCUGUAUGGUUUUCCGGAAGAUGUUAACAAAAGGAAGACAUGGAAGUUGUUGAAAGGGAUGAAGGGGGUUAGCAGAAUUGUUGGUCAAAUGAAUUGGGGCAGAGAGACUAUGGCUGAGUGUGGUUUACAAGAUUUGGGUUUCGACGGCUACCCGUUUACGUGGACCAAUGGGCGCCAGGGGCAGAACAAUAUUCAAUGUAGAUUGGAUAGAAUUUUUGCUAAUGAGGCUUGUGUUGCGAGAUUCCAUCCUAUCAAGGUGACACACCUUUCAUGUUUUGGCUCUGAUCAUGCGACGAUUAGAGUUGUGUUGGAGGGUGAAUUAAGUGAAGAAGAAAACAAAAAUAGGUAUAUUUUCAGGUUCGAAGAUAUAUGGGCGAGGGAUGAAAUAUGUGAAGGAUUGAUGAAACAGAACUGGAGGGGGAGUGGUCUUACUGGCUACAAAAAAGAGGAUGCUAAUUGGGACAAUAGUGAGGACAAUAUAAGGAAGUAUAAAGCUCUUGAGAACCAAAGGCAAAAUCUCCUGAAGGUGGAGGAGAUUAUAUGGAGGCAGCGCAAUAGGGCUCUGUGGUUACAGGAAUGUGACAAAAACACGAAAUUUUUCCAUGGAAAAGCGGAUCAAAGGAGAAGGGUGAAUAGAAUUAGCAAACUGAAGGAUGAUGACGGUCGAUGGUGGAGAGGAAUAAUGCAUUGUGAGAGAAUUCUUACCAAGUAUUUCAAAGAUAUUUUCUCGUCCUCAAACCCGAGUGACAUUAUGGAAAUAUGUCUGCUGUGA